AUGUCUUACUAUCAACAACCUCUCUACCAUCCAGGGCCUCCGUCCAAUGCCUCAAGCUAUCAGGCCCUACCACUUGGUUACUCACAGCAAAACUACCAGCAACCUCUCAUCGUGGCCCCACGACCGCCAGGCUAUCAUCCUUACGUGGGCUUCACCAGGCUGCCUGCAAGGUUCCAUAUAUGGAAUGUCAUGACGGGUGGCGGUACCAGCGUUCUUGAACUCGGGCCUCAGUUUAAAGGACCAGUCGCAUACUCAGCCAAGAUGUUCUCCAGCAGUAGGCUCAAGAUCAAAGAAGGCCCGUACGAGUCUGGAAAUCAACCUGUAUGCACUAUCGAAAGUUGGCACACGUUCAGUCAACAGAGCACUAUUAGUUUCAAUGGAUUUAAGUCUAACUUUUAUUAG